AUGGCAGAAUUCAUUGCGUACGGGCUGUACUCGGACCGGCCGUCGAAGCUCGUCUCGCGCGCAAAAUCUUCAAAUGCCCUCGCCGAGAUGGCUGCCGCCGUUGCCCAGGGCCCUUCUGUCCGUCGCCCCAAGGACAGAGACCGAGACAGAGACAGAGACAGAGACAGGUCGGAGAACUCGCUGUCGACGCUGCGUGACCCUCGAGUAGCCAGCACAUCGGACCUCUCUCGUACCAGAUCGGCGUCGACGGCCUCACACCACCCGGACCUCAGCAACGAGGUAGCCAAUCUCAGUGAUAAGCUGAUCCAGGCCAUCAACCACCAGACCCUGCUCGAUGACAGCCUCGCAGUCGCCCGUCAGGAGCUCGAGGAGGAGCGGAAGCGCCGGAGUACCGUUGAGAAGGAGAAGAAGGGGAUUGAGACCGAGCUCGAGACUCUCACUGCUGCCUUGUUCGAGGAAGCCAAUAAGAUGGUAGCGGCGGCGAAGAAGGAGAGAGAAGCGGUGGAACGGAAGAACGAACAGCUACGAGCCCAGAUCAAGGACACAGAGCUCCUGCUGGCCUCGCACCAGGAACAGCUGGCCGAGCUCAAGUCCGUCAUCGAGCAGAUGAACAGCAGACACGACGACCAAGACACAGCUACCACCGCGACCUCCAUCAGCUCUCCCUCAGAUCCCUUCCCUGACCAAUCCACAACAAACGGUGGCAACAAUGGCAACAACAGUAAUAUCAACCGUCUCUUCGAAGCCAUGAACCUGUCUCCAGUAACGCCGGGCUCGGAUGACAUCCCUCCUGCUCCCCCAACAAGCUUCUCUCACCUGCUCAAACCCGUCUGUCGAACAGAUAUCCUCGCCUUCGAGGACUUCAACACUCUCCUGCAGCUCUCUCGCUCAAGGCCGCCCAGUCGUGUAGGCAGUGGCUCCUACAGCGGGCUCAACGUCAUGAACCUGGCCAACCUGACCUCUUCCCGUCCAAAGUCGACCACCCACACUCCCACAAACUCCCAGGACAACCACAAUAACAACAGCAACCACCAUAGUAAUAACCAUGUCAAUGCUGGUAGUCCAGCAGGAGCUAGUUCUUCGGUUGCCUCUUCUCCCUCCCCGUCUCACGGCGGCAUCUCUUCCUCCCCUCGAGAAAACAUCACCUCCUCCAUGCAGCUCAAGGAAACCCGCUUCUACAAACGCAUCCUCGCCGAAGACAUCGAACCCACUCUCCGUCUCGACAUGGCUCCCGGCAUAUCAUGGCUCACCCGCCGCUCCGUUAUGAGUAGUCUCGUCGAAGGCGAACUCAUCAUCGAACCUAUCCCGUCCACCACAGCCACCAACUCCGCUACAGACAUGCCCUCUCCUCCCUCAACCCCUUCAAGCAUGUCCAGUACUUCUACCCCUUGUGCUCUCUGCGGCGAUAGACGGUUAUCAGUGAACCCUCGCACCCACCGAUUUCGUACCUCGAGCUCGGACUCGGCUCCAAAACAUGCUCUCUGCUUACUAUGCCUGGAGAAGAUGCGUGCCUGCUGUGAGUUCGUGGGUUACCUGAGAUUGGUUGUUGAUGGCCAUGUUCGCACCAGUGGAGAAGGGGAUGCUGAAGUUAAGGAGCGUGAGAGAGAAGCCUGGGAGGAGACCGUGCGAUUGAGAGAGAGGAUCUUCUGGGCCAGAAUCGGUGGUGGUGUUAUUCCCGCUUUUCUUGCCGGUAGGAAACCGGAGGACGAGAACAAUAACGAAAAGGUCGGGCAGCUUGAUGAUGGAACAGUCAUCAUCAAGGACAUCACCGUUAAUACUUCUCCGGUCGAAACUAGAGCAAUAACUGUAUCAACACCGACAAAGGCAGAGGCAGAGAAGGAGAAGGAGGAACACUUGCCGUCUAGUCCCACUCCAACGCCCACUCCGGUACCUGCAGCAGCAGAACCCGCUGCAGAACAGGCCCCAACGGCACCAACAGAUGCUCCGUCCACCUCUACCCUGUCACCAUCAACCACGGCAGCACCAGCACCGCCAACAAGCUCACGCGGCAUCUCUCUCUCUCCAUCUCGGUACAGAUCUCGCUCUCCAUCUCCUUCACCAGCUCCAUCUUCAAUCACAUCACCCACAAACACGCCCACGCCUCCAAAGGUCCUACGUCGUCUCAAAUCUGUACCACCAGCAGCUCCAACUCCUGCAUCCUCAUCAACCGUGACUUCACCAGAUACUCCCAAAUUCCCCAAAGUCAUGUCCGUCUCUCUCCGCGCAAGCCUGACUGCCGCCAACAACGGCACCAACGCCCCGUCUACGCCCACAUCUACAUCCACAUCUACACCCGGCCCGGCACCAGGAGAAGGCAAGCUGAAGGUGAAGAUUCCCGCUGCUUUCUUGCAUGAUAAAUAA